AUGAUCUCUCGCAUCAUGGAUGACUCCACAAGCUUCACCGUGACUCCUCUUGAGCGGAAGCCAGAGGAGAAGUACAAUUUCGGGGCAAAAGUAACAGGAAUCGAUCUGAACGACAUCUCUCACGAAGACGUCGAUCGCCUCAAAGCCGCCGUCUGGCGCCACAAGGUGGUCGUCGUCAAAGACCAAGCAAACCUCGACCCUCGCAAGCAGUGGGAGCUCGUCAAACGCCUCGACCCGCAUGCAAAGGACGGCCACAGCCACGGCAACAUUGCGCAGAUCCGUGAAAAGGGUGGCAUCCUCUCGCAAGGAAGAGAAGUCGUCGGGAUCCCCGGCGCUGAGAACGUGCGCCUUAUUGGCAAAGGGUUCCAAGGCGAAGACCACUUCGGAAUCAAGAACCACUGCAUCGAGCGUGGGUUGAGCAAUGACUUCCACGCUGUUCCCCCAUCCCUCGAAGAGUUCGAUAACGGAAUCACCCGCUUCCAUCGAUGGCACAUUGACGCACCUCUCUACGGCAAGGAUCCUGCGUGGUUCACGACGCUUCGAUGCGUGAAGCUACCCAAGGGACCGGAUCUCACAAUCGAGUGGGCUGACGGCUCAAACCUGCGCAUGAAGACGUCUCCUGGUCGGACUGCCUUCUUCAGCACAUCGCAGCUCUACAGCUUACUCUCACCCGAGGAGCAGCAGCUAGUCGACCACAGCUGGGUCGAGUACGCCCCAUACCCAUACAAGUGGAUCGAGCGCUGUAAGGGCAACAGCAACGGCCUAGGCCUCGCGGAAGGGUAUGAGCGCUUGAGCAUGGAAGAACUAGGCGAAUACGACGACGCCUCUGUCAAAAAGUACCCAAUGAUCUGGGUAAACCCCCUAACAGGCGAAAAAGCCUUCCAAGUGCACGGCAUCUGCGCCAGAAAGCUCUACCUGCGGAAUUCACCCGACUCGAAACCGAAAAUCAUCGACGACGUCGCCGAAAUCCGCAAGUUCAUCCUCGACAUCCAGCACCGCAUCUUGAAGCCCGAGUAUAUUCUCCUAGCACCGUCUGAAGAAGGGGAUCUGCUGAUAUGGGACAACUACGGCGUUUUCCAUUCGGCCGUUGACUAUCCGAUUCACAUGGGGCCGAGGUCGAUGCAUCAGGCGAAUAUUGGGGGGAGUGUUGGGCCGAGGGGGCCGGUGGGUAUUCCGGGUACUGUUUAG